AUGUCCAGUCCGAAGCGCACGGUGUUUCAGGGACGCGAGAAGGCCAUGACCCAGGAACAACUCGCCGCGCUCGCCGCCGAGGCGGCGCAACACGCCGAGCAGGAAGCCGACAUGGGGGAUGACACCAUCCCUCAGAUCACGUCGGAUAUCAUUCCAGGCAUCAAAAACAAUAGCUCUGAUGCCGACGAUGCCGCUCCCGCUCCGAAGCGCAAGCGAGGCCGGCCCAUCCUGGCCCCGAUGAAGAUCAAGCGUGAGGACUCUGUGGUGCGUCUCGACGAGGUGGAGGCUUUUCAAGGGGGUUCGUCUUCUCAGUAUGGCACUCCUCUUGGCACUCCAGAGUUGCCUGCCACGUCUCGGGCAGCGGGAAAAGCCAAGCGCAAGUUCGAGCAAGCCUCUGCCAACGAUACACAAAAAGCGGGUGUCACGGUCAUCUCUAGAGCACAGGCCGCCAAAAAGUCGAAGAAUGAGAACGUCGACGGCCAUGCUGUUAACAGCGACGAGACUGAGGACGACCCUAAGAGACAGAAAGAGUUUGAGGACGACCCUGAAAGACAGAAUGGGAGUGAGAACGACGGGGAGGAAGAGAGCGUAGAGGGCAACGGCGCGGUCAAUGAUCAAGAGGUUCCAGUUCAGACCCCCCGUCGCGGCCGCCCCCGGAAGAACAUGACGGCUGCUGAGGCUGACCCUCCGAAGCGCCGUGGUCCAGGUCGUCCCUCAAAGACCCAGACUCCUACAACGUCCAGCAAGGCCACCAGAGGCAGCAUUCAGAGCAAGAGACACCGCAUUUCAGCACGCCUCAUGAUCUUGCAAGCUAAUCGAGGUGUCUCUGCAGACGAAAAACGAUCUCUCCGAUCUUCGGGCACAAACGCCGACGCAACCAAGAAGGUAGUUAUUUCCCUUUGA